AAUGAUUCGGGUAAUUACGUUGCCCUGUUCGGCUGUUUCCCUUUUGCGAGUUAGGCUCCCUAACAUGAAAUUAAUAAAGGGAAAGAAUAGAUCGUCUCUGCCUAUUAUUGCAGUCGUACAGGCUAACUUGACUUCCACCGUUACUGGUACGCGGAUUUCAGUCUAAGAUCUUCUUCCCUCACUUCUUCGCAUCCCGCUUUUCAUUUCCAAGAGCCCAAAAGAGCGAAAGCUCUAGAAAGAGAGAGAUGGCAUUACAUCAGGAGAGGUUGUGCAGCCCAGUGGUGGUGAAGGUGACGAUAGCAGUGAUGGCACUGUGCUUGGCUGGUUACAUACUAGGGCCUCCACUUUACUGGCAUCUCAGCGAGGGUUUAGCCGCUUUUAGUCGCUCCUCUUGCCCUCCCUGCGUCUGCGAUUGCGCUUCUCAGCCCCUUCUCUCCAUUCCCGAAGGAUUAAGAAACACCUCCUUUGCAGAUUGUGGGAAGCAUGACCCUGAGGUGACUGAAGACAUGGAGAAUAACUUCACGGAGCUGUUGUCAGAGGAAUUGAAGCUACGGGAAGCUGAAGCCUUGGAGAAUCAGCAGCGUGCUGACAUGGCAUUGCUUGAGGCAAAGAAAAUGGCAUCUCAGUAUCAAAAGGAGGCAGACAAGUGCAAUUCAGGGAUGGAAACUUGUGAAGAAGCAAGAGAAAAGGCUGAAGCUGCAUUAUUGGCGCAGAAGAAACUGACUUCAAUGUGGGAGAUGAGGGCUCGUCAGAGAGGGUGGAAAGAAGGCUCCACCAAGUCUCAUGCUCACACUCAAGAUGUUCAGGCAGUGUAGGAAGGCUCCUUAAGGAAAUGUAUUGGUACAAGGACAGUUUUCAUGUGCACUGCAGUGUUCCUAGUUUGGUUUGCACCUCGAAGAGGGGCAUCUUGGGAAAGGGGCUUUGGGGGGGAACUUGGAAUAGAGGAGAUGGCAGAGCUACCAAUUCCAAAUUAUAUCCAUCUCAAUCUGUUUGGUGGUGUUGUUUAGAUUCAUGAAUCUGAUCACUUGACCGAGGGGAUUGGAUGUAUUUGUUACAGUUACUUGAUACAGAACCAUGCUUUGGUUCUGUGGCUUCUUGAAGCAAUUCAUCCCAAAAGAGUUAAGUUUCCCUUC